AGAUGUUUUCAGGUAUCUAAUGGGUAUUGAAAAUUAAAUUGAUGUGGACUCAUCCCCUCCACACCUGGCCUAUAGUUCUCGUCCAUUCAAGAUGGCUGUCAACAUGAGGCAAAGAGGACCGGCAAAUGCCGGCUCCCAUUCCAACUCUUACACAUCCCUGCAGAACAACGGCGGCAUCGAUCCAAAAUAUCACGGAGCUACGGAACAAAAAGCCGCGCUAGGAGAACGGGUUUAUGCGCUCAUCGCCGUGUUUUUCACCGCAAUUUUGCUCGUCGUCUUCAUCGCCGCUAAACAGCUCCCAGCUGCACGCACCGAUGCCGACACUCCAGCGACCGAGUUUUCGGAGGAGAGGGCGCGGAGGCACCUGGACGCCAUCACCGCGUUCGGGCCGAGGGUCGCCGGGACCUACCAGAACGAAGUCCAGACCGUGGGGUACUUGCUGAGGGAGAUCGAGAAAAUACAGCGAGCGGCCAAGCCUAGUCACAAGAUAGAGGUGGAUGUACAAAGGCCAACAGGUUACUUUACCCUGGACUUCCUGUCUUCGUUCACGCACUACUAUGACAACAUCACUAACAUUGUGGUGCGUUUGUCGCCCAAGAAGCCGAGUCGACACAGUCUGAUGAUCAACGCUCACUUUGACUCCACCAUGGGAGGGCCAGGUGCCAGUGAUGAUGCAGCUAGCUGUGCCUCCAUGUUGGAAGUUCUGCGUGUGCUGUCCCAGGCUGACACCCCGCUCAAAAACUCCAUCAUCUUUGUCUUAAACGGAGCAGAGGAAAAUAUCCUCCAGGCGAGUCACGGUUUCAUUACCCAGCAUCCCUGGGCAGGCGACAUCCGCGCUUUCGUCAACUUGGAGGCGGCCGGUGCCGGGGGGCGGGAGGUCGUGUUUCAAACAGGUCCUGACCACCCAUGGUUGGUCCGAGCGUACGCAGAGGCAGCGAAGUAUCCGUUUGCCUCGGUGACUGCCCAGGAGCUGUUCCAGAGUAACGUCAUUCCUUCUGACACGGACUUUCGCAUCUACCGCGACUAUGGCAACCUACCAGGUAUUGACAUAGCGUACAUGGACAAUGGAUAUGUGUAUCACCUGAAGUAUGACUCACCUGACCAGAUCCCUCCUGGCUGCAUACAAAGGGCAGGUGAAAAUCUGCUGUCCAUUGUCCAGCACCUGGUCAAUUCUCCCUACCUGGCCUACCCAGGGGAGUAUCGCCAUGGCAAAACUGUGUUCUUUGACGUGAUUGGUCAGUUCAUGGUGGUGUACCCUCACCAUGUGGCCAUCAUCAUCAACUGCCUGGCUGUUCUGUUUACCCUGGUGUAUUUUGGGUACAAGCUGAAGCCAAGCAGGACUGGAGGCUCAUCAGGAUUGCUGUACCUGAGACAGCUAUUCUGUGCUGUCCUGGUGCUGAUCUUGGGCUGGAUCACAGCUGUUCUCACAGUGAUAGCUGUCGCCUUCUUUAUGACAAGGCUGGAGCGAUACAUGACAUGGUACACACACACAGAGCUGAUUGUGGGCUUAUACGUGUGUCCAGCUCUCCUGGUACAAGUCCUCCUACACAGGGCAGCCAAAAAGUACUUUUACAAGAAUAUAAAAGACUGCUGGGUGCUGGAGGAGCUGGUGUUUGACUCCGUGCUGCUGUUUUGGGUCAGUCUGCUGGGGAUCAUGACGUAUCGCGGGGUCUGCUCUGCCUACUACACCCUGCUGUGGCUAGUCUGUCCACUACUGGUCAGGGUCACACUCAUGAGGCCUGCCCGGAAGCAGCAAGGAUACUCUAAAGACCGUGACUCCUUCAUGCUGUACCACCUGCUGGGCGUGUCUGUUCCCAUGGUGAUGACGGUGUACGGCGUCUGGCACGUCUUCGUCCUCUUCAUCCCCAUCAUGGGCCGCUCCGGGUCAGAGGUCGCGCCCGACUUUGUCGUGGCCAGCCUCGCUGUGCUCUCAACAAUUGUGUUAUCCUGUUAUCUACUGAGUAUAGUUUACAUCAGUAAGUCGGUGAAGAGGUUGACCUUUGGCCUGGGAGCCGCCAUUGUUGUGACCUUUGCCCUGGCCUUCAGUAGUUACGGGUUUCCUUAUUCCGGUAACAGGGACAACCCUACCCCCAAACGGCUCAUAUUGCAGCACUACUGUAGAACGACCCACGAGGUAACAGGAGAAGUCAGCCGCCAUGACUGUUGGAUCGGACUCAUCAGUAUGGACUACACAGGGCUGACCUACCUGACUCCUGAGGUCCCAGAGUUUCAGCAGGCUGUGAACUGGCCAUGUGAAGGGCCGUACUGUGGGGUACCCUACAUCUUCCCUGUCAUGUCCUUUAUCAGGUCCAGGUCGAUAAACCACAUCCCAGCCAAUGAGCUCCCAGCACUAGAGAACCCGGGAACCAUGAAGCUGGUUUCCCGGGAAACACACGGCGGCCGGACCAGACUGCAGUUUGAAGUCAUAGGUCCCAGUCACAUGACGCUGUACAUCUCACCCAAGCCCCAUGUGUACAUGGUGGGCUGGUCGUUUGGUGAGGUGCCGCCCCCCACGUCAGGCCUGAACGGCAGACAACACUACUUCGUGCUGUAUGGCAGGGGGUACACAGCACACCCCUGGCACAUGUAUCUGGAGUUUACGACUGCCAUGAAAGACCCAGAAGCACUAGUAGAGGUGGCCAUGUCCACCCACCAUUUUGAUGACCUUGGAGUGAACACCGAUGACCUUGUGCGCCUGCACAACAGCAUGCCUGAAUGGGUCCACACCAAAGGAUGGGCCUCCAACUACAAUCAGUGGACAUAUUGAGGAAAAUGUCCACCUUUUUCAUAUACUUUUUUUCACAAUGUGAAAUACUUGACUUGUUUAAUGGACUUUUACACAACAAAAAAAAAAAAUUAACAAAAGAACCAAUACAAGAUGUAAGUAAUGAUUAAAGCAUGUUUUUGUGAGGUCCAAUGUGAAAAUGUUUCUCAACUUUCUGUCAGUGACCAGCUUUUCAAAGUCAGUGACUUUUUGAUAUACUUACUAAUGUACACUUUUCUACAAAUUCCAAUGACUUUUGUGUAGAAAUACGCAAAUUUUUACCACAAUUAUUAACCCUCCCCUUGCUACAAUCCCAUCUAUGCACCCAAGUUUAUAUGAAUUAUAAUAGUAGAAACUAGUAAGGAGAGGGUUUAAGGACCAUUUGGUCAAUUUUUUUACAAAUCUUUUCAUCACAUCCGUUGUGUGUUGCCCAUAUUGAUGAAAGAUCAAAUCAAAUUGUAAGAGAAAUUGUAAACAAUUUUGGAGAAAUGUGCAAUAACAAUUUUUUUUUUACAAAAAUGAGAGCUGUUGACAUUAGGAACUUUUACUUUGUGAUGAAUUUCAAUCUACACAUAUGAAGUAUGUAGGAGGAUCAUGUUGGUAAUAAACCAAUUAGCAGUUUAGCCAAUAAGAGAACAGCAAUUAGAGGUUCGACCAAUGAGACAGCGGCUGCAUGUCCGUCAAAUAGUUGCAUUUUUAUGUUUUUAUUUUGCAUUUUGAGGGAGGUUGGCAUGGCUAAGGGUUAUGUCUCUGAUGCAAAAUUAACCUUCUUCCCACCACCUAACCUGUAACAAACACAAAACUGAUGCCAUAAGGCAACCUUAGCAGGAAGAAGGU